GUCCGGGGGAGCGCGCACGCAUCCGGCCCGCGAUUCGCGCGCUGGUCGGUGCGUCGGUCGGGGGCGCGCUCGGGUAACCUGUACCCCGUCUAGUCGCCGGUUACUGAUCGGACUAAGUUCCAGUGGUGACUCAUAAAUCAAGUUAAAAUGUCUCCAGAAAUUGCCUUGAACCGAAUUUCUCCAAUGCUGUCCCCAUUCAUAUCUAGUGUGGUCCGAAAUGGAAAGGUGGGGCUGGAUGCUACAAACUGUUUGAGAAUAACGGACUUGAAGUCUGGCUGUACGUCAUUGACUCCUGGACCCAACUGCGACCGCUUCAAGCUGCACAUUCCGUACGCUGGGGAGACGUUAAAAUGGGACAUAAUUUUCAAUGCUCAGUACCCAGAGCUGCCCCCCGAUUUCAUCUUUGGAGAGGAUGCUGAAUUCCUGCCAGACCCCUCUGCUCUACAUAACCUCGCCUCCUGGAACCCUUCAAACCCCGAGUGCCUCCUGCUCGUGGUGAAGGAGCUGGUGCAGCAGUACCACCGGUUUCAGUGCGGCCGCCUCCGCGAGAGCUCGCGCCUCAUGUUUGAGUACCAGACACUCCUGGAAGAGCCUCAGUAUGGAGAGAACAUGGAAAUUUAUGCUGGGAAGAAAAACAACUGGACUGGUGAAUUUUCAGCUCGUUUCCUAUUGAAGUUACCAGUAGAUUUCAGCAACAUUCCCACAUACCUUCUCAAGGGAUAUGCCAGUAGCCAGCUAUCUGCAGAGGCACUGGGUCCGGAGAGCUGCUUGCCUGUGAAAGGGGAAAUGAGCAGUUUCCAGAGCUUGAGACAUGUCACGGCAUUUGACAUAGACUGCCACGGCUCCUCGGUUCCAGGACAUCAAGACGUUGAUGUCCACUUAGGACUGGAAGCGAAGUUCUGGGAAAGAAAUAUAAGGCAGUCACUUCAGCCUGAUAUUUACCAAAUGCCAAGUGCACUCGGAGGCUCCUCAGCUCUUCACAUCCCUGCUUUCCCAGGAGGAGGAUGUCUCAUUGAUUAUGUGCCUCAAGUUUGCCACCUGCUCACCAACAAGGUACAGUAUGUGAUUCAAGGAUAUCACAAAAGGAGAGAGUACAUCGCUGCUUUUCUUAGUCACUUUGGCACAGGUGUCGUGGAAUAUGAUGCAGAAGGCUUCACAAAACUUACUCUGCUGCUGAUGUGGAAAGACUUUUGUUUUCUUGUACACAUUGACCUGCCCCUGUUUUUUCCUCGCGAUCAGCCGACUCUCACGUUUCAGUCUGUCUAUCAUUUUACCAACAGUGGACAACUUUACUCCCAAGCACAAAAGAACUACCCCUACAGCCCCAGAUGGGAUGGAAAUGAAAUGGCCAAGAGAGCAAAGGCUUAUUUCAAAACCUUUGUCCCGCAGUUCCAGGAGGCUGCGUUUGCCAAUGGAAAGCUCUAGGAAACACCAGUGUUGAGAGGCAGCCAACCAGACUGCUGCGUCCACACGCUGUCAGCACGCAGGCCGCUUCCUGGAAGCCACUUGGAAAGUCUUCAUGGCGGUCUUCUGCUCGUGCAGCAGCACUGCCUGCCCCACACAGCCCUACUCUGCUGCAGCCCAAACUUGAGCUGGCUGGUAGUACCCCGAAUCCUAGCACCCAUCAUUGCUGGUUGCUCCCUCUAUCCUCUUCAUGUUUCUUAGCCGGAAGAAAUAAACUCCUUUCCGAUGCAGAAAUCUUCCAGGGAAAAUAAAAUGUCAUGACUGCA